AUGUGGUCUAAACGGCCGUUCCACAAGCCCAAGCGGCCUUCGAUCAGCGGCCCCAUAUUGAACAACAAUCUACCUACCACAUCAGACCCUGUGCAUGAUUUGGUCGCAAAAAAGUUGCCCCCUCUGCCUGACGAUUUGCAUUCGUCGCUACAACAGGAUUCCGUCCCGCGUGAUGAUAUCAAUAGAAGACACUCAGAUGUCUCGCCUGCUGUUUCGCCGAUUCUUGAAGCUCAUAGGCGGGAAAGCCAAAGUAGUUUCUGUGUCUCGCCCAUCGGCGACGGAGACCAAUUCCCUCGUUAUACGCGACAGGAGACUCGGGCAUCAUCAUCGCCAACUCAUAUUCCCAAGGCAGACGAUGUUGACACACCUUCUCAUUCCCGAGUUCAGCCUGUUCAACCAAUCCAGCCUGUUCAGCCAGUCCAGAAUUAUCAGGAACCUACGCGAUUCAUCUCUGGAAAAUCGACGCACUUGGAUAACUUUUCUGGCGAACCGACCUCGAAUGAUGCGGGUAGAGUUAGCCAGAUGUAUCCCCGCAACACCUCCUUCAAUAAAUCCCCUGGAGCUCAUGCGUCCAACCUGCUAAACUGGGGCCAGGGUUUCAAUCCCAAGAAGACCCUCAAUGCAGCUCGAAACCGGAUCAGCAGUUUCUCGAAGAAUGAAGAUCUUUCGCAAAAGGAACCGAGAAGUAGAUCCUCGCCACGAGUGUUCCCAGUGGACGAGCAUUCCAGCAAACGCUAUGGCAACGGUGGGCUAAACGCGAGUUCCCCGCUAGAUAACUUUGGCUUCGCUCCUACAACUGUAACCACUAUCACCGCCGGUGGUCCAGUAUAUUUUCCCCGGAGACCGGCAACAGAGAGCGCUCCAAUUCGCCUACACGAGGAGACCAAACCGAUAUUCAAGUUCGACGAUGAUCUCAGCAACAUGAUGCUCACGAGCAAUGAGCCCAGAAGCCGUUUCAGCGCAACUACAUACACAGCCACCGAACCCGGUAGUCAGGAUGCAAGCCCACGGGGGAGUAUGCAGCUUCAAAGCCGGUCUACAGACGACGUAUCCACAUCCUCUAUCAUGUCCCGACGCCGCCCAAUCCCAAUGAACGACCCCAUUUCGAAGAAACAGCCUGCCUCAACCAAACCCAUCCGAAAGCCCAUUCCAUCCCAGGUCGCACAGCAGGUCGGUCAGGUGCCAGUGCAGUCGCCUUCGCCUCCACCUCUACCCGAGGUACCACUCGAUGCGCAGGGCCGUGUUAAAGCGAUGGAGACCAAGCGGGACGACCUUGAACAGCGCAGACUUAAUUUGGAGGCCUUGAUCGUUGACUUGAGCAAGGUCAUUCAGCCUACCUCGGCUGCGUAUGACCUGGCUGCUAAAGCCGAGGCCCAAAAGAGCAUCAAGGCCAUAGAAAACGAGAUUGAUGAUAUCAAGAAAGAAUCGCACGAUCUUGGUCUGAAGAUUUCUCGAGCGUGGCGUCGACUGGACGAGCAGGAGAAUUCUGGUGAUGGCAAUAAUCUCUGGGUCAAGCGAGUCACGAGUUAG